AGAGCAUGUUGUGACAGACAUGUCUCUGGAGAUGGAGAAGACCAUCACCAAGCUGAUGUAUGACUUCCAGAGGAACUCUACAUCUGAUGAUGACUCUGGAUGCGCUCUGGAGGAAUAUGCCUGGGUUCCCCCUGGCCUGAGUCCGGAGCAGGUGCAUCAGUAUUACAACUCCUUACCUGAAGAGAAGGUCCCAUACAUGAACAGCGCUGGUGAGAAAUAUCGAAUCAAACAACUGCUUCAUCAGCUGCCACCACAUGACAAUGAGGUGCGUUAUUGUAACUCCUUGGAUGAGGAGGAGAAAAGAGAGCUGAAGUUGUUCAGCAACCAACGCAAGAAGGACAACUUGGGCAGAGGCAAUGUCCGUCCUUUCCCACUGACCGUCAAUGGGGCCGUGUGUGAUAAGUGUGGCGGCCAGAUAAACGCAGGGGACAUUGUGGUGUUUGCGGCCAGGGCGGUUCAUGGAAAAUGGUGGCACCCAAAUUGCUUUGUGUGCUGCAUGUGCGAGGAAAUGUUGGUUGAUCUGAUCUACUUCUACCAGGAUGGCAAGCUCUACUGCGGCCGGCACCAUGCCGAGAGACUGAAACCCCGCUGCUGUGCAUGUGAUGAGAUCAUCUUUGCUGAUGAGUGCACGGAAGCGGAGGGCAGACACUGGCACAUGAAGCACUUCUGUUGCUACGAGUGCGAGACCACCCUCGGUGGCCAGCGCUACAUCAUGAAGGAUGGACGUCCACAUUGUUGCAACUGCUUUGAGUCCCUUUAUGCAGAGUACUGUGAUGCAUGCGGAGAACAUAUAGGUAUCGACCAAGGCCAGAUGACGUAUGAUGGACAGCACUGGCACGCAACUGAAGAAUGUUUUUGUUGUGCCCAUUGCAAACGUUCUCUGCUUGGCCGUCCCUUCCUACCGAAGCAGGGACAGAUCUUCUGCUCACGCUCCUGCAGCGCUGGACAGGAUCCAGAUGAGUCAGAUUCUUCAGACUCCGCUUUCCAGAGUGCCCGCUCCCGUGAGUCCCGCCACAGCACUAAGAUUGGUAAAAAGGAGCGCAGGAGCGCUGAGCAGGAAAGAAAGAGUGCAGAAGCCCGCCAGUCCACUGCUCCCCCCAAGCCUGACCGUCUGUCGGCCGAAAUUGAUCCCCUGUCAGUUCAAAUGGACCGUUUAAGCGUAUCAGCCAGCCAGACCCCAAGCAGGACACCGAAUCGCACCCCCAGCCGUACUCCUAGUCGCACACCAAGUCGCGCUCCGAGUCUAAACCAGGUGUGGAUGAGUCGAGAUGACCCUUAUGUCCCUGCUGCUUUUGAGGGCCCCCAGCGGGAAUCCUCUCCGACCCCUCCAUCUAUUCAUCUUUUGGGUCAGUGUAAUGCCAGACAGGGCUACAAUCCCAACGGAAAUGUUCAUCCUUCAGCCCAAAGUCCUGCCAACCCAGGAAAGAGGCCUGAUUCCUGGGGAAAAGAACAAGGCAAUGUUAAGAGGACACCAAUGGCUGCCCUGAGGGGUCACUCCUUCAACGAAAACUGGAUGCACCAUAGCCAGGAUGAGUUCAGGCCAAACAAGUUACGUACCCAGAUGAGCUUCAAUGAGAUGUCAAGUCAGAACCAAGGAUUCUCUGACAAGAGGAGUAUUAGUAUGCAUGGAUUUCAGAGAGACAGGAGGCCUCCUCUUACCAGGAGGAACCCCAUCAAUGCCAUGAGCUUCAACGAACCGCUGACUCCACUAGAGCAGACACCACGUGGCUCUAUGGACUCUCUCACCGUGUCAAAUGCUAUGGCAGGCAAUUCCCUUGAUGGGGUCAGCAAGCGUCAGGAGCAUUUGUCCAGGUUCUCCAUGCCUGACUUGAGCAAGGAUUCAGGUGUAAAUGUGUCUGAAAAGAGCAACAUGGGAACACUCAGUUCUUCAGUCCAGUUCCAUAGCACAGAGUCUCUGUCCUCUUCUCGUCCCUUUAACAACAACAUGUACACCCCACACAGAGUGGGCUAUCCACUGCAGUAUUGGGAUGGCCCGCAGCCACUGAGCUUUGAUGGCAAAGCUCGUGCUGGUGUGAUGGGCAGCAGCGGGAACUUGCGGAUGGCUCCCAUGAGUGAUAGAAUGCCCCGUCGGCAGGAACUUGUUUCCCAGAAACAACAGCCUCAACCGAGACAUCGCAAACACCAUCGUGGAAAUGGGCAACAUCGCAGCACCCGCCACCACAAACGCUCCCGUCGUUCUCGCUCCGAUAACGCCCUGCAUCUGGUCGCUGACCGCCCUGCUCAAAUGGUGGAGCUGCCGUUCCAUCGUGUCCAAGAGGAUUAUGAUCGCUUCCCCUCUGGUCAAGCUGCCAGAGAGUUGUUUGGUCAGGACCCAGGCGGACACCGACAGCAACCCCACCGGCCUUGUCCUCGCACCACAUCUGAUCUCACCCUACAAAAUGCUGGCUGGCAGCCUGCUGGGGUGGGUGGGCCAUGUUGGGGUGAUGGGUACAUGGAAGGGCCCGACCCAUGGUGUUCCAGCUGUUCCUCUUCUUCUGAAUCGGAGGAAAAUGAGGGUUACUUCAUGGGUGAACCUAUCCCUCGACCUGUGCAGCUGUGUUACAUCAACAACGAGGAGCUACGUCAUCGCUACAGCCCCUCGGGAAUGGCUGGACAUCCUGGACCUCUGCACAGACCCAUUCAUGGCCAGCUGCACGCUCGCCAGAGGAGGAAGAGCAAGAACUGCAUAAUUUCAUAAAUAUAGAAAUAAAUAAUGGUGGGGGUGGGUAGAAGAGUGAAG